GUGCGCGCGCCCCGAAGGGUCCGGCGUCCAGGAGGAGGUGAGCGGAGAGGGAUGCGCGACCCCCCGUGAGGAGCGCCGCGCGGGGGAGGAGGAGGAGGAGGAGGAGCUCCAGGGGGCCCAAGAAGAGAGCAACCGGAUGGAUUCGGACUCCAGCUCCUGCAGGAGCUCCACCAGCAGCCAGACGCUGUCCUCAAGCCAGGCCAUGGAGCCCUGCAGCCCGGAUGAACUCUUCCAAGCCUCGGGCCAUGCCGAGGACACCUUCCGCAAGAUGGAGUGCUACCUGAGGCACAAGCAGCUGUGUGAUGUGGUGUUGCUGGCCGGCGACCGUAGGAUCCCGGCUCACAGGCUGGUCCUCUCCUCAGUCUCCGACUACUUCGCCGCUAUGUUCACCAGCGAUGUCCGGGAGGCCAAGCAGGAGGAGGUUAAGAUGGAGGGUGUUGACCCAGACGCGCUGUGGGCGCUUGUGCAGUACGCUUAUACAGGCCGUUUGGAGCUGCGCGAGGACACCAUCGAGAGCCUGCUGGCGGCGUCCUGUCUCCUGCAGCUGUCUGCCGUGGUGCAGGCCUGCUGUAGCUUCCUGAUCAAGCAGCUGCACCCCUCCAACUGCUUGGGCAUUCGCUCGUUUGCCGACGCACAAGGCUGCCAGGAGCUGCACAAGGUGGCGCACGACUACACCAUGGAGCGCUUCCUGGAUGUGAUGCGGCACCUGGAAUUCCUGCUGCUGUCGCCCGACGAGGUCGAGAAGCUGCUGUCAUCGGACGACGUGAACGUGCCUGACGAGGAAGCCAUGAUGGGGGCGCUGCUCAGCUGGGUGCAGCACGACUGCGCGGGCCGCCAGCAUCACCUGGCCCGCCUCCUGGCCUGCAUCCGCCUGCCCCUGCUGGCCUCACAGUGUUUGGCGGACAUGGAGUCCAACCCCCUGCUAUGGGACAGCGUGGAGUGCCAGCGGCUGCUCAUGGAAGCCAUGAAGUACCACCUGCUGCCCGAGCGGCGGCCGCUGCUGCAGAGCCCGCGCACCAGGCCCCGCAAGGCCACCGUCGGGACGCUGUUUGCCGUGGGGGGUAUGGACGCCACUAAAGGGGCCACGACCAUCGAGCAGUACUGUCUGCGCAGCGAUUCGUGGAAGCAGGCGGCCGUCAUGAGCGGCCGGAGGCUGCAGUUCGGCGUCGCCGUGCUGGAGGGCCGCCUCUACGUGGUGGGUGGUCGCGACGGUCUCAAGACGCUGAGCGCGGUCGAGUGCUACAACCCGCGCAGCCGGAGCUGGAGCGCCAUGCCACCGAUGGCCACCAACCGGCACGGCCUGGGUGUAGCGGUGCUGGGAGGACCCAUGUACGCCGUCGGGGGCCACGACGGCUGGAGCUACCUGAGCUCAGUGGAGCGCUGGGACCCCCAGUCUCGACAGUGGAGUUUCGUGUCCAGCAUGGCGACCCCACGCAGCACGGUGGGCGUGGCCGUGCUCAACGGAAAGCUGUACGCGGUCGGUGGCCGCGAUGGCAGCUCCUGCCUUAGCUCCGUGGAGUGCUUCGACCCCCACACCAACGCGUGGAGCGGCUGCGCCCCCAUGGCCAUGCGGCGGGGCGGAGUAGGCGUGGCCACCUGGAACGGCUUCCUGUACGCCAUCGGGGGCCACGACGCACCCGCCUCCAGCCUGGCGUCGCGUCUCUCGGACUGCGUGGAGAGAUACGACCCCAAGACGGACACGUGGACCACAGCGGCACCCAUGAGGGUCAGCAGGGAUGCGGUGGGGGUGUGUCUGCUGGGGGACCGGCUCUACGCCGUGGGGGGGUAUGACGGACAGACCUACCUGAAUGCCGUGGAGGCCUACGACCCACAGACCAACGAGUGGACGCAGGUGGCGCCACUGUGCCUGGGAAGGGCAGGCACCUGUGUUGUAGCAGUGAAGCUGUGACAUUUUGACGGCUUUUAGACGUGGACUUCAUAUAGACCCUUUGAGCUGCAUCAUAGCGGCGACUCCUGCCCUGGAAGGGACAUGCCGGACGUUUCCGAGGCGAAAGCUGCAGUCUCUCUCUCUCUCUCUCUCACUCACACACACACACACACACACACACACACACACACACACACACACACACACACACACACACACACAGCCGAGGUGUUGGAUUCCUCCGAGAUCUGCUUCUCCGACGGGACGGCUUGGAGGCGGCGCACUGCACCCCUGACGCUACAACGAUGAUGGCGGGAUAAACCGCGUAAUCUCUGCUUUCUGCCCCCCCCGACCCCCCCCAUCUUUCAAUUAGCUGUGUUCCACUGGUUUAGACACACAUUCGCUUCCCCCCCGCAGGUCUUGUAAAUGUAAUUGGCUUUUUUCGCUGGCGUUCGUUUCACACAAAGUGCAUUUCGGGUAUGUAAUUAGAUUGUCACCACCAUGGAAGGGAGUAGAGUUGGUCAUCAGGCUCCAUCCGCUGGACCCAGACGCACAAGGAAACCAGGAGUUUAUUGUGUGUCUGGUGGUGGUUGUGGGGGGGGGGGGUAGCUGCUCACAGGCACAAUAGAAGCAGAUGCAUUUUUUAAAAAUCUUGCAGCGUGAGCUACCCCCCCCCCACACCAACCCCGCACUUUUCUGCAGACAAUGGUGAGCGAAACAGAUGGAAUAGAAUACAAGAAAAGAGAACGAGGACCAUCCAUCAGCUCGCGUCCCUGUGACAGGUUGCAAAUUGCGUUAGGAGACGCACACGGGGAAAUUGGCCUUCUUCUCGAGCGCCUUCUAAUAGAAAUGUGAUAGAAGCUCACAUGGUAAUUUGGUUUUGUGGCGGUGUGGAGACGGGUGUGUGGUGGAGGGGGGGGAUCCCAGAGCGGGGGUGAGGGAAUGAUGGGGGAGGAUGUGUUCCAGCAGGGCCACGCAGACUCCUGAAUUCCUGAGCGGUCCCAUGUCCCAGCCAGGGGGGGUCCAGCUGUAGGAGAAGAGCACUAGACCAUCUGCACCCUCCUCUCUGGGGGCUUCCCUUUUGGGGGACACAGUUGUGGUUUGUUUCUCUGAACAGACUGACAUGGUUCACAGCCAGCUGGAGACUCUACUGGAAGUCUGGCAUGACUGCAGCAGGUUGUACUACAUAACAUUUAUCAGAUGGUUUUCUCUGAAACAACUUCCAAUGAACUCUAUGUAGUGUUAUCAGC